AUGGAGUUAGCUAGUCGGUCAAAGUCUCCAAGUCAGUUGGUUGCCGUCCUUCUCUGUCAUGACCUGCAACGCCGUAUCUCGUCAAAGGCGCUCAAGGUACAUCACCGCUUGUACCACAAUCCUUGCCUCCUUCCCUCUUCUCCCCCCCCACCAGAUUUCCCGACCCUUCUUUUCGUCGGUCGGCGCGUUAUGCGCACACCUAACUUUCUCCUCCGUCCCGCUCCUCUUCACGCCCCCCCACAGCAGCCACUUCAGACUUUUGGUAGGGGAGACGGAGUAAGAGCGAGCCACCACACCUAUCUAUCCCCUUGGUCGAUGAUCUUUCCCAUUGGUCGUAGCCUCGGCCGGCUUCUCAACAACGGUCAUGCGUUCAUCCGUGGAGUCGACACAGAGCUAAUGUCGCAAAGACCAAUGAGCAGCAUCCAGAUAUCCCAGCCGAGAUGCCCUCUCACUCCUUGA